AUGGUUCGCCUUCAUGGAGUGCCCUUGUUGGCAGUCAUGGGCUCACUUGCCCCGGCUAGCCAAGAUAUCAUGAGCAGUCUCGAUGAAUUUCAGUCCAAAUGUGUCAAUUUUGGUGACCGAAUCGACCUUCCCAAUGUCAAAAUUAACUUUGUCGAGUUUGUGCAGGGAGGCACGAACUUGUCCUUGACAGACAAUCCACCUAGCUGUGGUAAGUCGAGUCAGACAGUCUCUGUAGACCUGUGCCGAGUCGCUAUGGCCGUGUCAACCUCGGACAGCAGUGAGAUCACGCUAGAGGCUUGGUUCCCCCAUGAGUACAAGGGCCGUUUCUUGAGCACCGGAAAUGGUGGCAUCUCUGGAUGUAUUCAAUACUAUGACCUUGCAUACACUGCACAACUAGGGUUUGCCACUGUCGGCGCCAACAACGGCCACAAUGGUACCUCAGGAAACCCUUUUUACCGCCAACCUGAGGUAAUCAAGGAUUAUGCAUACCGCUCCGUUCACACCGGAGUUGUAGUAGGCAAGGAGCUCACUAAGCAGUUCUACGACGAGGGCUUUAAGAAGAGCUACUACCUCGGAUGCUCCACUGGUGGCCGCCAAGGCUGGAAGUCUGUUCAAGAAUACCCCGACGACUUUGACGGGGUGGUUGCUGGUGCCCCAGCCAUAAACCUGAUCAAUUUGUUUUCAUGGAGCGCACACUUUUAUGCCAUCACUGGCUCGUCGUCUUCCGAAACAUUUCUGUCCACGGGUGAAUGGGAGAUCGUCCACGAAGAGAUAAUCCGCCAAUGUGAUACCAAUGAUGGCGCGGAAGAUGGAAUUAUCGAAGAUCCCGAUCACUGUAGCCCUGUCUUGGAAACAUUGACCUGUGACCCCACUACUACAAACAAAACAAGCUGCCUUACCAGCACCCAAAUCAACACCGCCCAGCAAGUGCUAUCGCCGUUGUAUGGAAUUAAUGGCACCCUGCUAUAUCCCCGCAUGCAGCCUGGAUCCGAAAUCUUCGCCGCACCUAUAAUGUACAAUGGCAGACCGUUCCCAUACAGCGAAGACUGGUACCGUUACGUUGUCUACAACAACCCAUUCUGGAGCGGGGCCAACUUCACAUUGAACGAUGCUGCUGUGGCUCUCGCUCAGAACCCGUACAACAUCCAAACAUGGGAAGGCGAUCUAUCUUCAUUCCAAAAGACCGGCGGAAAAAUCCUGCACUACCAUGGCCUUCAAGACCAGCUGAUUAGCUCUGAGAACUCCAAGAUGUACUAUAGGCACGUGUCAAACACUAUGCAGCUACCUCCGAAUAAGUUGGAUGAGUUCUACCGUUUCUUCCCAAUCAGUGGUAUGGGCCAUUGCGGUGGCGGUGAUGGUGCUUAUGGUAUUGGUCAGGGCAUCAGCACUUACUAUGGGAUCAAUCCGGAGGACAAUGUUCUUAUGGCAAUGGUUCAGUGGGUUGAGGAAGGCAAGGCACCGGAGACUGUUCGCGGCGCUAAGUUUUCAAACGGCUCUGGCUCUCAGGUCGAGUACAAGCGUAAACACUGCCGUUGGCCUCGGCGCAAUGUGUUCAAAGGUCCUGGGAACUACACCGAUGAGAACGCUUGGCACUGUGUUUAG